AUGAGUGAAAAUACUUCAUGUAUUUAUUAUACUCUUGCAUACCUUGAUGUAUUUGCUCUACUUUUUCAGCUUGCUUUCACUGGAUCGACGGAAACUGGCAAAGUUAUUCUUGAAUUGGCUGCCAAAAGCAAUCUUAAACCCGUUACUUUGGAACUUGGCGGGAAAUCUCCUUUUAUUGUUUGUGAGGAUGCCGAUGUGGACAAGGCCGUUGAGCUAGCUCACUUUGCUCUAUUCUUCAACCAGGGACAAUGCUGCUGUGCUGGAUCUAGGACAUAUGUUCACGAGAAAGUUUAUGAUGAGUUUGUGGAGAAAGCAAAGGCCCGUGCUAUGAAACGCACUGUUGGUGACCCAUUCAAGUCUGGAACAGAACAAGGCCCUCAGAUUGAUGCAGAGCAAUUUGAAAAGAUUCUGAGGUAUAUUAUAUCUGGUACAGAAAGUGGAGCGAAUCUUGAGACUGGAGGUGAUAAAUUGGGUACAAAAGGCUACUACAUUCAGCCAACAGUUUUCUCUAAUGUCAAGGAUGACAUGCUAAUAGCAAAAGAAGAAAUCUUUGGUCCAGUGCAGUCUAUCUUGAAAUUUAAGGAUCUUGAUGAAGUGAUACGACGGGCAAACAAUACUCGGUAUGGAUUAGCUGCUGGCGUUUUCACUCAGAACCUCGACACUGCUAACACCUUGAUGCGAGCAUUGAGAGCUGGGACUGUUUGGAUCAAUUGUUUUGAUGUUUUCGAUGCAACAAUUCCUUUCGGUGGUUACAAGAUGAGUGGACAUGGAAGAGAAAAGGGAGAAUACAGUCUCAAGAAUUACUUGCAAGUGAAGGCUGUCGUUACUCAUCUGAAGAAUCCGGCAUGGUUGUGAGGUUCUUGCAACUCUCUCUUUAAUUGUUUUCAUUGAGAAAACUGUCAAUAAUUCAGGUUGUUCCUGUGUAUCUCCUUGAUGUUGAUGACAAUAUCUUUCUGUUUUCUAUACAAGUGCAAUGCUAGGCACAUUUCUAUCCUGUAAGCAGUCGAAAAUGUUGAAGGAUUAUGCUGCAAUCUAUAAUUGAUGAAAAAAAUAUUUUUUUUCGCAUUCAA